UACAGGGCCUUCCAGAUAGGAGAUAUAGUUGAGGAAACUCUCAAUCACUUAUGCUCUGAGCCUGAACAAUACUCGGAGUCGUGGUACGUACGCUGCGACGCCGGCGAUCCACCUUCAAGUUGAACAACGGAAAACACUGGCAUCAUGCGCUCGCGUUAACAAGUUCGUCCACGACUUCGCCUUGGAUGCUCUCUGGAGGAGCAUGGACGACCUGCAACCUUUGCUCAAGGUUCUACCGGCCUUCCAGCAGGCAAGGGUAUUCGACGACCCCAGUGACUAUACUCGAGAAUACCUGCCUUCUGAGCACUUAGAUCGUUUUCAGAUGUACGCGCGGAGGAUCAUCAACCUCCAUGUAGAGGCUACUAGCUCUCAGCCAGUCCGAGCAUCCGUACUGCUCUCCUUGUUCAGGGCACUGGGCCACCAACCGCUAUUGCCGCGACUCCGAACGCUAACCUGGGAGCACUCCCUCUUGACCGAUCACGAUGUUCUCUACUUCGUCUCGCCCUCACUCCGAUCCCUGACCUUCCAGUUCUUGGAUAGUGUGGCAUCAAUCAUCGCGACCAUCCAUGGAGUCUCAGGCAAAUUUCGUUACGAGGUGUUGUGCGAGCAGGUCGCUGCCGCCGUGCCAUAUCUCGAAGAAUUGACGGUGCUGUCGGAUGACCCCCCUACUACUUCGUUCCCUUCGGCACAUGUGGUGGUCUACGGGAAGUCACCAUAAGCGGAGAUCCAAGUCAGUACAUACAUGGUCUAGGAGCACUUUCCUCCUU